ACAAUAAAAAUUUUUGCUUUAUUUUUAUUACUGGUGUUCAACAACAGAGAGCAGAAAUUCCUUUGGUGCUAUGUAAUGAACAAAAAAUUGUUGAUCUAGUUAAAUUGUUACUUACAUUUAGG